AUGAAGACACUUGUUCUCCUCUCUCUCCUUGCCCUGCUGGCCUUCCAGGCCCAGGCUGAUCCUCUCCCAGCAGCAGCUGAGGAGACUAAAACUGAUGAGCAGCCAGGGGCAGAGGACCAGGAUGUGACCAUCUCCUUUGGGGACCCAGAAGGCUCUGCUCUUCAAGAUGCAACCUCAAGAAGGGUGAAAUGCACCUGUAGAAGAAAAUUCUGCACCCUUUUUGAACAAGUCUCUGGGAUUUGCAACAAAGGUCCAGUGCUCUACAUAUUCUGCUGCCGCUGA